AUGUCGGGGGCGUGGUGGGGCGUGUCGGGGCAGGGCGAUCCGCCUCACCUUUUCCCAGCAUUCCACCCUCCCGUACCAAUUGACGCAAGACAUCACGAGGGGCGCUACCAUUAUGAGCCAUCUCCCAUUCCUCCGCUGCAUGUGCCUUCCGCUCUGUCAAGUAGCCCGACAUACUCGGACUUGCCCUUCAUCAGAAUUUCCCCGCAUAGGAACCCUGCAGCGUCCGAGUCUCCCUUCAGCCCGCCUCACCCAUAUAUUAACCCUUACAUGGACUACAUUCGCUCCUUACACAGCAGCCCGUCUCUGUCUAUGAUCUCAGCGGCUCGUGGACUCAGCCCUACGGAUGUUCCACAUGCUGGUGUUAGUCCGGCUGAAUAUUAUCAUCAGAUGGCUCUAUUGGCAGGUCAGCGCAGUCCAUACGCAGACAUAAUUCCGUCAGCAGCCACUGCGGGAGCUGGUGCCCUUCAUAUGGAAUAUCUCCACGCCAUGGACAGCGCCAGGUUUCCGAGCCCCAGGUUGUCAGCGAGACCCAGCCGAAAGCGAACGCUGUCCCUAUCUCCGCUGUCUGAUCAUAGCUUUGACCUUCAGACCAUGAUCCGGACAUCUCCCAACUCCUUGGUCACAAUUCUCAACAACUCCCGCAGCAGCUCAUCAGCAAGUGGCUCUUACGGCCACUUAUCCGCAAGUGCAAUAAGCCCUGCCCUGAGCUUCACAUACCCUCCCACGCCUGUGUCCCUCCAGCAGAUGCACCAGCAAAUCAUCAGCCGCCAGCAAAGUUUGGGCUCAGCCUUUGGGCACAGCCCGCCACUCAUCCAUCCGGCCCCCACCUUUCCUACGCAGAGGCCUAUUCCUGGCAUCCCAAGUGUAUUGAAUCCUGUCCAAAUCAGUUCAGGUCCAUCGGAGUCCACGCAGCAGAACAAACCUACGAGUGAGUCGGCUGUGAGCAGCACUGGUGACCCGAUGCAUAAUAAGCGUUCCAAGAUGAAACCGGACGAUGACCUCCCCAGCCCAGGUGCAGGAAGCUUGCAGGAACCGCCUGAAGGAAUGACCUUAGUGAAAGAGGAAGGGGAUAAAGAUGAAAGCAAACAAGAGCCCGAAGUUGUCUACGAGACAAACUGCCACUGGGAGGGUUGUUCUCGAGAGUUUGACACGCAGGAGCAGCUAGUGCAUCACAUAAACAACGACCACAUACACGGGGAGAAGAAAGAGUUUGUAUGUCGAUGGCUGGAUUGUUCUCGAGAGCAGAAGCCGUUCAAAGCCCAGUACAUGCUGGUGGUACACAUGAGGAGGCACACAGGAGAAAAGCCACACAAAUGCACCUUUGAAGGCUGUACAAAGGCCUAUUCCAGGCUAGAAAACUUGAAAACCCACUUGAGAUCUCACACUGGAGAGAAACCAUAUGUCUGCGAACACGAGGGCUGCAACAAGGCCUUCUCCAACGCCUCAGAUCGGGCCAAACACCAGAACAGAACUCAUUCCAAUGAGAAACCCUACGUUUGCAAGAUCCCUGGGUGCACCAAGCGCUACACAGACCCCAGUUCUCUCCGAAAGCAUGUAAAGACCGUGCACGGCCCCGAGGCGCAUGUCACCAAGAAGCAGCGCGGAGACAUCCACCCCAGACAUCCACCCCCCAGAGACCAAGGCAGCCAUUCUCAAUCCCGGUCACCAGGCCAUCAGACUCAGGGUGCAAUGGGUGAGCAAAAAGACCUCAGCAACACUACCUCAAAGCGUGAAGAAUGCCUCCAGGUUAAAGCCAUCAAGUCGGAAAAGCCAAUGACAUCUCAGCCAAGCCCUGGUGGUCAGUCUACAUGCAGCAGCGAACAGUCCCCCAUCAGCAACUAUUCCAACCAUGGGAUCGAGCUUAAUCUGACCAGUAGAGGCAGUGUAGGAGACCUCAAUGUCAUAGAUGAAACCCCUAUCAUGGACUCUACCAUUUCCACAGCAACCACAGCACUUGGCUUACAAGCCAGGAGGAAUAUGUCAGAGACCAAAUGGAUGGAGCAAGUCAAACUAGAAAGGUUGAAACAAAUCAAUGGAGUGCUUCCAAGACUGAACCCCGUGCCCCCUUCCAGAGGCCCAGCACUGCCACCUCUCAUAGGAAACGGUAUUCAAUCAAGCAACAGCUGCCACGUAGGGGGAAAUUUGACCAUCCUGCCCACCCACAAAAGCGAACUCACCCAUAUGGACAUUACUGUGCUAAACAUGCUGAACAGAAGGGACAGCAAUACCAGCACAAUCAGUUCUGCCUACAUGAGCAGCCGCAGGUCGUCUGGGAUUUCACCCUGCUUGUCCAGUCGGAGAUCCAGCGACGCUUCACAGGGUGAGGGAAGGCUCCAUAACCUCAGCGUUGCCGACUCCUACGACCCGAUUUCAACAGACGCUUCUAGGCGGUCCAGCGAAGUGAGCCAGUGCGAUGGUUUGCCGGGUCUUCUCAGCCUCACCCCUGCCCAGCAAUACAGGCUGAAAGCAAAAUAUGCAGCAGCUACUGGCGGACCCCCGCCAACCCCACUGCCCAAUAUGGAGAGGAUGAGCUUGAAAACAAGAAUGGCUCUUCUGGGUGACUGCAGGGAAUCCGGGAUGUCUCCACAGCCCCCUGCAAAUUCUCCUCGAAGAUGCAGUGACGGUGGGACAGACUGUUACGGCAGGAGACACUUGCUGGCUCAUGAUGUAUUGGGCAAUAGCACAAGGAGAGCGAGUGAUCCCGUGAGACCAGUCUCCGACAACCUGUCUUUCCCCAGAGUCCAGCGGUUCAGCAGUCUCAAUAGCUUUAAUCCUCCUGCUUUUCCAUCCGUGGAAAAGCGUAACUUCAUCCUUCAGAACUACACCCGCUCCGACGGGCGCUUGUUCCGCAACUUCUCUUCUCCUUGUCCUCCGAGCAUCACUGAGAACGUGGCCAUGGAGACGGCUACCAUGGAAGCGGACGGCAGCCUGAACGAUGAGGAUCUCCUGCCGGAUGACGUUGUCCAGUAUUUGAACUCUCAGAAUCAGGUUUUGUACAACCAGCUGCCCAACGGCGGAUUAGACAACAGCAAAGUGCAGCACGGUUCUGCGAUGACUAACAACAACUUUGACCAGUCCCCUCAACCAAACAACUCUGAGGCCAGUAAAAACGACCUGCCGAUUCAGUGGAAUGAAGUAAGCUCAGGAAGUUCCGAUUUAUCUCCGUCAAAAUUAAAAUGUGGGCAGCGUCCCAUGCUCCAGCAAAAUCAAAACUUGGGCCUGUAUAACAACAUGGUAGUCCAACAGCAGCACCAUGGACUGGAGAGAAAUUAUACCCUCCAACAGAAUGGCUACCAGCAUCUUCUGGACAACAGUGGCUCUUGCGGUUUACAGCAGAACAUGACUGUGAAUAACGAUACCAGUAAUUCUUACCACACGCAGUCAAACAAGGCACAGGUAUAUGGCGAAAGUAUUGGCCGACAGCUAGUGGACAACGCAUAUGACAUGAUGAUUCAAGGGCAAAAGCUGAGAAACAAUAACAUGCCAGCAAAUGGGAGUCAGCAAAGCUUUGGCUACCCGGUGGUAUCAGACGAGCAACCAGCCAACGUUACUAGCAGGAUGCAGAGCAGAAACCUGGCUGUCCAGGAGUACUUCCAUAAUCCACCAGCAGAUGAUGUCAGCCACUACCAAGAAGUAAACCAUUCCAAUAAAAUGAUGCUAGAGCCGGUAGUAGCCCCUUCACAAGCAAGAAAGCCUUUUACCAAGGCCGCACAGAGUUGGUUGUACAUAAGCCACUCUCUCACAUAAACAUCGGAGUCCUUAGUCCGGUAUGGGCCAAUCCACCAAAAGGUUACUUCAGCCCCUGUGCAA